GAGGAGUUCCCUGCAGCCAGGCGGUUUUCUGACUCAAAGUUCAGCAGCCUCCCUUCCCUUCCGGGUAUAAAAUACAACAAGAAGUUUUUUAAAAAAACAGUGUCAACUGCCAAGGGGCCUGAAAAGAGGAGGAAGUCUGUACAGUACAGUACGUUUUCUACAAACAGUUCCUGCGGGCAGUUCUUCUCAUUUUCUCCAACAGGUACAGCUGUCCUGCCUGGAGAACGCUGGCAAUCUUAAAAAGCGGAAGGACAAUCAAGGCAGCUGCCCUGUGUGCUAAGGAGGAACUGGCACGUUUCAUGAGAAGUGUCUCGAUCCAGAAAUGUCAUUGACUAACGAGGAGGGCUGAAAGUGUCGAAGACAUAUCGCCACUUGGACAAGAAAGGCAUAAAAUCCAGUGGGUAUCAUUGAAAUAGGUAUAAAACAGUUACAAAACUCAGUGGGGAUGACUACAAUUUGACAUGUUAGCUGACCAGCACAACUAGCCAGGCUUUAGCCAUGUGGCUCUACCUGCUUGCCCUGUUGGUGUUUUACUUCCUUUGCCGAUGGUACCGGGAGAGGCAGACUGUAAAGAAUCUGAUAGAGAAAUACGUCUUCAUCACUGGCUGUGAUUCUGGCUUUGGAAACCAGCUUGCCAGACAGCUGGACACCCGGGGGAUACGGGUGUUGUCUGCUUGUCUCACCCAGAAAGGAGCAGAUGAUCUCAAGAAGGCUACCUCAGGACGACUCAAAACCACCAUUUUGGAUGUCACCAGCAUGGAAAGCAUUGCCGCAGCAACAGAAUGGGUGAAAGAAAGUGUUGGUGACAAAGGUCUCUGGGGCUUGGUCAACAAUGCUGGUGUAGGUUCUCCUUUAACUCCCAAUGAAUGGCUGACCAAGGAGGACUUUGAAAAUGUGAUACGUGUCAACCUCUUGGGGCUGAUUGAUGGAACACUGCACAUGCUGCCCAUGGUGAGAAGAGCCAGAGGGAGGGUGGUCAACGUGGCCAGUAUGCUGGGGAGACUGGCAUUCUUUGGAGGAGGUUACUGCCCAUCCAAGUAUGGUGUGGAGGCCUUCUCUGACAGCCUGAGGCGUGAGCUCAUUCCCUUUGGAGUCCAAGUCAGCAUUAUUGAGCCUGGUGGUUUUGCUACAUCCAUUGGCCAAAACAUAAAGGAAAGACUCAAGUCUAUAUGGAACCAGGCAUCUUCUGAUGUCAAAGAAGCUUAUGGGCAGCAGUGCUUUGAGAAAUAUUACAGAAUGCAUGAAUUUGCAACACGAAGCUCCACCAACCUCCGCCUGGUGACUGACAAAAUAGAGCAUGCCCUGACUUCCUGCCAUCCUCGCACUCGCUACUCUGCAGGCUGGGAUGCAAAGCUUUUCUUCCUCCCUUUCUCCUACCUGCCAACCUCGCUGACAGACUAUGUGCUGACCCGGUUUUACCCAAGGCCAGCUCAGGCAGUGUAGUCUAUUUCUCUGAAACAGCACCACAGUAAUCAAGCCAACAAUCUACAUGGAUGGGGACAAACCUCCCUUUACAGUCUGUUAUACCUUAAUGAAAUGUGGACUUAAGUCAUCAAGCACCUCUAAGGAAAGCUGGAUUAUUUUUAACUUGAAUCAGCCCUAUUGGAUCACACAGUUUCAGCUUCUGUUUUGUAAUGACUUCUCUGGGCAAGGCCCAUUGGACUCAAUAGGACUUGGAAGUAAUAAUGUAGAGGCCUACAUGGGCAGCCACACUUCUACUUCUGUAGGAAGGAUUUCAACAAAUCAGUAAUUGAAGAAGGUACCAUCAGCUAGACUCUGGUUUGCAAGAUGAUGCAUUGGUCUUUAAGCACUAUCCGUAUUUUUUCAGAAUUAUGUAGAAGUAAAUCCCACUGAAUGUCA